GUUUACUUUCACUUUCCAUCUUCUGUCAAAGCAGAACGAUUUCAUCAGCUGAGCCUUGUUCUGAAGGAUGAAGGCAGAAGGUAUGUGAACUAGUGUAAACUGAGCAGCAUGGAUCAGUGUGAGAACAGAAUUGCUCCCUCUAAAACCAAUCUGAGUGGAGAACAUGAAAACCAGAGGAAACUACUAGAAGCAGAAUCUGGACCUGAGGCUGAACCCAGCUGUGUGUCCCUUCAAAGUGAUGCUUCUAAGGACCUUGGAAUCACUUUCAGAUCUGAUCCCCCAUCAGCUACAAAGAGGAGGAAGUCUUGCUCAGUGUCUUCUUCAGGGGUUUUCGUGUCGUUUCCAUCAGCGUUUCCCAGUGAUCCGUCUUCCCAGAAGCAUCGGACAGAGUUGGACUCCAUAUUUAUGCUGCUGGAGAACAACAUUGUCACUUUUGUGAAACAUGAGCUGAGGAAGAUGCACAAAGUCCUGAGUCAACAUAAACCACCAUCAUUGGAGACAGAAAAUGAGGAUGUAAUGGAAGAGGCAUUUGAAAAGGAGAUGAGAAACAGCAAAGAGGCAUUUGAGAAGAUCACACUGAACUUCCUGAGAAGGAUGAAGCAGGAGGAGCUGGCUGACCGUCUACAGAGCAGAACACCUGCAGGAGCUGGUUCUAAACUUAAGUCUAGUCUGAAGAAGAAGUUCCAGUCUGUGUUUGAGGGGAUUCCUAAAGCCGGAAGUCCAACCCUUCUGAACCAGAUCUACACAGAGCUCUACAUCACAGAGGGAGGGACUGGAGAGGUCAAUGAUGAACAUGAGGUCAGACAGAUUGAAGCAGCAUCCAGGAAACCACACAGACCAGAAACAACAAUCAGACAAGAAGACAUCUUUAAAGUCCCACCUGGAAGAGAUCAACCAAUCAGAACAGUGAUGACAAAGGGAGUGGCUGGCAUUGGGAAAACAGUCUUAACACAGAAGUUCACUCUGGACUGGGCUGAAGACAAAGCCCACCAGAACAUCCACUUCAUAUUUCCAUUCACCUUCAGAGAGCUGAAUGUGCUGAGAGAGAAAAAGUUCAGCUUGGUGGAACUUGUUCAUCACUUCUUUACUGAAACCAAAGGAAUCUGCAGCUUUGAACACUUCCAGGUUCUGUUCAUCUUUGAUGGCCUGGAUGAGAGUCGACUUCCUCUGGACUUCCACAACAAGGAGAUCCUGACUGAUGCUACAGAGUCCAGCUCAGUGGAUGUUCUGCUGACAAACCUCAUCAGGGGGAAACUGCUUCCCUCUGCUCUCCUCUGGAUAACCACACGACCUGCAGCAGCCAAUCAGAUCCCUCCUCAGUGUGUUGGCAUGGUGACAGAGGUCAGAGGGUUCAAUGACCCCCAGAAGGAGGAGUACUUCAGGAAGAGAUUCAGAGACAAGAUUCAAAUCAAGAUGAUCAUCUCCCACAUGAAGACAUCACGAAGCCUCCACAUCAUGUGUCACAUCCCCGUCUUCUGCUGGAUCACUGCUAAAGUUCUGGAGGAUGUGAUGGAGACCAGAGAGGGAGGAGAGCUGCCCAGCACCCUGACUGAGAUGUACAUCCACUUUCUGGUGGUUCAGACCAAACUGAAGAAGGUUAAGUAUGAUGGAGGAGCUGAAACAGAUCCACACUGGAGUCCAGAGAGCAGGAAGAUGGUCGAGUCUCUGGGAAAACUGGCUUUUGAUCAGCUGCAGAAAGGAAACCUGACCUUCUAUGAAUCAGACCUGACAGAGUGUGGCAUCGAUAUCAGAGCAGACUCAGUGUACUCAGGAGUGUUAACACAGAUCUUUAGAGAGGAGAGAGGGCUGUACCAGGACAAGAUGUUCUGCUUCGUCCAUCUGAGUGUUCAGGAGUUUCUGGCUGCUCUUCAUGUCCAUCUGACCUUCAUCAACUCUGGAGUCAACCUGAUGCAAAUAGAUCAACCAACCUCAGAUAAAUUUACAACAAAAACAAAGGAACCCAAAUCACUCCAUGAGAAUGCCGUUGACAAGGCCUUAGGUAGUACAAAUGGACACCUAGAUUUGUUCCUUCGCUUCUUUUUGGGUCUUUCACUGCAAAGCAACCAGAGUCUCCUGCUUGACCUGUUUACUCAGACAAAAAGCAGCACAGAAACCAGAUGUAAAACAGUUCAGUACAUCAAGGAGAAGAUCAGUGAGAAUGUCUCUGCAGAGAAAAGCAUCAAUCUGUUCCACUGUCUGAAUGAAUUGAAUGAUCGUUCUCUAGUGGAGGAGAUCCAACAGUCUCUGAGUUCAGGAAGUCUCUCCAAAGAUGAACUGUCUCCAUCUCAGUGGUCAGCUCUGGCUUACAUCCUUCUAUCAUCAGGACAAGAUCUGGAUGAGUUCGACUUGAAGAAGUACUCCGCCUCGCAAGAGGCUUUCCUAAGGCUGCUGCCAGUCAUCAAAAUCUCAAGCAAAGCUUUACUGAGUGUCUGUGACCUCUCAGUAAGAAGCUGUGCAGCGUUGUCUACAGUCCUCCGCGCUACGUUGUCCUGCCUGAGAGAGUUGGACCUGAGUAACAACAACCUGCAGGAUGAGGGAGUAAAACUUGUCGCUGCUGGACUGAAGACUCCUACCUGCAAACUCCAAAUUUUGAGGUUAUCUGGCUGCCUGGUCACAGAGGAAGGCUGUUUGGUUCUGGCUGCAGCUCUGACCUUUAACCCCUCCCACUUGAGAGAGCUGGACCUGAGCUACAAUCAUCCAGGAAACACAGGAGUUGAGGUCCUCUCUGCUCACCUGGAGGAUCCUGGUUGCACACUUGAAAAUCUCAGGGUGGAGCCUGCUGGAGUCCAGUGGUUGACCCCGGGUCUGAGGAAGUACUCCUGUCAGCUCUCCAUCGACACAAACACAGUGAGCAGAAAGAUGAGAAUCUCUGGCGAUGGAAGGAAAGUGACGCAUGUGGCGGAAGACGAGCUGUACCCCGAUCACCCAGACAGAUUUGAUGUUCCACCUCAGUUUUUGUGUCGCGAUGGCCUGUCUGGUCGUGGCUACUGGGAAGUGGAGUGGGGGGGACAGGCUCUCCUAGCGGUCAGCUACAAAAAGAUUGAAAGGAAAGGAAACACUCACAACUGUCUGUUUGCCUGGAAUGAUCAUUCCUGGAGUCUGAGGUGUUCUGACAAUGGAGUAUUUUCUGUCCUUCAAAAUAAAGCUGAAACGACAGUUUCAGCGUCGUCGUCCUCCGUCUCUAACAGAGUAGCGGUGUACGUAGACUGUCCUGCUGGUACUCUGUCCUUCUACAGAGUCUCCUCUGGCUCCCUGGUCCACCUCCACACCUUCAACACCACAUUCACUGAACCUCUCUAUCCUGGGUUUGGCUUUGGGUUGUUGUACACUUCAGGUUCCUGGAUUUCCCUUUGUCCGACAGAAUAGACUGCUAACCAGCAGGCUCAACUAACUCACUCAUUCGGUGGUUGCCUAGCAGUAACCUGUUGAAUAAUUUGCACAGCAGCAGUUUCAGGUUUCUCCACUGUUCCUCAUAGAAAAAAACAGAGAAAACUGUGGAUAAAACUGGAAAUGUCAGGCCACCAGUUUGGCAUAAUUUCAAAUAAAAAACAUAUCAAUAAUCUACGUCGACGGACAUAAAGCGUUUACAUUGUGAUGUCUUUCAGCCAAAUCGUCCAGAUUUACUGCAGUUGGUAGCACUGCUGGUUCUCUGUAUUCAAAUCCCCAAAGGGAAGCAAAAAAAACAUUGAUUUUUCUUUUUGAAUCAAUAUUUUGGUUCCUCGUCUAAAACAAAAUAUCAAGUUUCCUGAUAUCUCACUGCUACAUUGUUUUUUUGGGUUUUUUUUCUUUACACCCUCUGGUUGAAGUCGUUGGCUUGUUCAGGAUCACAGAAAAUUCUCAUGAUUCUAAGAUAAUAUUUUCUGUUUUCAGACCAUUUGUUCUGGUAUAAACCAAUAGAUAAACCAGUUUGCUUUAACUAGGAAGUCAGUUUGUGUCCAACUCUAAAGUUGACCUCAUUUAAAUUAAUUUUAGAUCUUCUCUUACUGGUUAAUAUCCUGAUAUUCCAUUCAUUUGCUUAUGUGGAUUUCUUUGGAUUUAUUAAGAAACAUAGUUGAGCUUACAGCUAUUUUUUAUUUAUGUUCUGUCAAAGUUUUGUUUUCUGUGACAUUUAGUCUUUAUUUUUGGUACACUUUCUAAAAAUAUUUUUUCUAAAGUAUAUUUUAAAUUCUAUUUAAAUAUCUUGCUAAAAUUAUACUCUGGAUAAUCUUUUUAAAAAUACUCUGCAUGUAUUUGUAAUAAUGUAUAUUUUAAAUGUGCAUUUUAAAAAUAUAAACAAUACUUUUCUGAAGUUGUACUUUUGAUAGUAUUUUUAAAUAGUUUCUCUGUGAAUUUUAGUAAAUCUUACUAAACCCCUUCCCUUUUUAUCACAGAGGGAGGUUCCUGUGCUAAAUGUUAGCACAAGAUGGCGAUAUUUCCCAUAUUCUCCAAUCAAAAUCCAGACAGGUAUAAUCCUGGAUCACUGUAAAACAGCUCACAUUCAACCAUUACACAUUCAGUAGCCUUCUUCUGAUCCUGGUAGUAGACCAGCCUACAGCUGUAUUAUCAUUAAGUCCACAAAAUGCAGAUAAGAUUGUAUUCCCUGACUCCUCCUGACCAGGAGGGCCAGCAGGAGUGAAUACCUCAAUCUCCUGGAUUUCCUUAGACAGAAACUUCAGAAAUAAUGAACUGAACUUGGCUGCAUUGCUUAGACACUAGGAUCAGCUGGAAUGUAAAUUACUGGAUUGACU